CACUGCGCUCAGUAUUCUCUGAAAGAGUGAGUCGUACGGUUGUAUUCAUCUACGAUAAUUCGAAGAUUUGAAGCAUCAUCAUGCCGCCGAAAGUUAGUGGAAAAGCUGUGAAGAAAGCUGGUAAGGCUCAGAAGAAUAUUAGUAAAGCUGACAAGAAGAAGAAGAGGAGGAGGAAGGAAAGCUACGCUAUUUACAUUUACAAGGUGUUGAAACAAGUACACCCUGACACCGGUAUAUCCAGCAAAGCGAUGAGCAUCAUGAACAGUUUCGUCAAUGAUGUCUUCGAACGCAUUGCAGCAGAAGCAUCAAGAUUGGCGCAUUACAACAAACGUUCUACAAUUACAUCUCGUGAAAUUCAAACUGCUGUAAGACUUUUACUUCCCGGAGAAUUAGCAAAACACGCAGUCAGUGAAGGCACCAAAGCAGUCACCAAGUACACUAGCUCAAAAUAGACAGUCACAAACUGUUUAAGAAACAAAAACGGUCCUUUUCAGGACCAAAAAAUUUUCAAACAUGAUGGAACAUUUACUUACGUUCUGAACAUAAUGUGCAGUACGAAACUUUAUAUUUUGUUCAUAUACAUAUAGACGUACACUUUGCUUUAGAUUAUUUUACCAUGAGAUAAAAUAGUAGUGAAUAUAUUUUGUAUAUUUUGAUUAUUUUAAAUUCAAUACUAUGCAUGCAUAUGCAGGCUUCGAAUUAUGCAAAUUUUGAUACUGUGAUAGCGCAUUUUAGUAGCGUUAUAUAUAUAUAUAUAUACAUAUAUAUAUAUAUAAGAAAUUAAGGUAGAAUGGUCUUGUUUAUUGUAAGAUUGAUCUUUUGUUAAUACAAUGAUUAAUAAUACAAUUUUAUGUAGAAUAACUUUCUAUUUCUUAAUUGCAUAAUUAUUUGUAAAAGAGAAAUCGUUUGAUGCUUGAAUAUACUUCAGUUUAAUUGUA